AUGGCGUUAGUAAAAUUGUGGGAUGACCCAGUAUCUACUAACACUUCGAUUAAUCGUCCUCGAACUGUAGCAGAUAACUUAGUGGUUCUCGGCCCAUGCAUCCCCGAUAUUGUAUUGACCGAAAUCUCCAAGUCCUCAUUGACAUGGCACCUUGAUUCAUUCUCCUCGGGCUCUUCCUCGUUGUCUUCGAUGGCUCCCGGCGCCGCGGCGCGACGUGAUGAUGUGACAGAAGUCGUGGUCUUCGAUCACGGCGUGAAGGAGCUGAAUUGCCGCGGUGCUAGGCAUGUCACGGCGUGGCAGCUGGGGAAGCUCAACUUCUCUGUACGCCCGUGGAGACCGUCACGGCGUGGCUAUCAGCGUGGGAGAGCGGAAGUCCACGGUGCGUCACCUUCCUCGGCGUGGGAGAGCGGAAGUCCACGGCGCGUCACCCUCCUCGGCUCCCGGCACCGCGGCGCGAGGCCUGCCGCGACGCGACGUGAUGAUGUGGCAGAAGUCGUGGUCUUCAAUCACGGCGUGAAGGAGCUGAAUUGCCGCGGCGCUAGGCAUGUCACGGCGUGGCAGCUGGGGAAGCUCGACUUCUCUGUACGCCCGUGGAGACCGUCGCGGCGUGGCUAUCGGCGUGGGAGAGCGGAAGUCCACGGCGUGGCAGCUAGAGAAGAAUCGUCUGAAGGCCCAUUCGAGGCCCCGCAUAAUAUAUAG